UUUCCGUUGCGUUCUAUCAUAUUCGAAAAAACAUCGAGUCGGUUCAACUCAGGCCGUGUACUGUCGCUUGUCGCGAUACGCGUUGUUGCUCCUAUGCGAGGAGCAAUCGUCGAAGACUGGUUCCAGCUGAUCGGCGAGGAAGCCAGCUGUGUUGCGAGGCGGUGCGAUGUGAUUCGUCGAGGCCGGUGCGAAGAAGCGCGCGGGUACCCGAGGCAGAAACGUAGGUCGCGAUCAGACCGUAUCCGUCGGCCGAGAGUGGCAGCAGGCGGCAACGGGCGACUACGGGCGACUACCAUCAAGGAUAUCAGCAGGCGCAUUUGACCUCGUCGAGUGCGCUACCCGCUCGCGCUCGCUCGCGUCGUUCAAUGUUGACGGGAUCUCGGCAUUGCUGAGACGUCGCCCCGUCGCGCGUCUGUCGAACAUACGACGCGACAACACGAAUACAUUAGACCGGUUAGAUACCGUGGCACCCGGGAUUCAGGAGGAUUCCGCUCGUUGAGCGCUCCUUCGUUCCUCGCGCAUCCCCGAGGACAAGUGCCGGCUGAUCCGCGCACGCUACUUUGAAGUCUUUGAACGGCUGCACGCACCUAGGUGACGACGGGCUCUCGUUCGCGAACCCGUCGACGUGACUAACCUUGCGAAAUGCGCUUGGUGUUCAGCGAGACCUAAACAGACUGCGAAUCUCAGAUUCUCGUUUUCUACAUCGAUAUGUUCCUCCAGCGAGUGCUUGCCGUUCAAAUGCGCAAUAUGACUUCCUCUUCUUAAGUAAAAUAUUACAGAAAAGUAGGAAAACAGGUCGUUAGGAAAGUACGUACGUCCAUCGAUAGAAUGCCACCAAGACGAGCAGAAGAUGUGCCUAUGAAGAGAGUGGCAGCUGCGGGUUGUAAAUUACCAGCUCAACUGCCAGCAGGAGAAAUCUUAACGGAUAUUACUCAAAAUAAAUGGAGACUGGGGAAUUCCAUUGGGAAUGGUGGUUUUGGGGACAUAUAUCUCGCCUCUAAUGAUAUUACAUCACCUGUUGGUCAAGAUGCAAAAUAUGUUGUAAAAAUUGAACCUCAUAAUAAUGGUCCACUAUUUGUGGAAAUGAAUUUUUAUAUUAGAGCAGCUCGUAAGCACAUGAUUCAAAGUUGGUGUGAGUCUCAGGGAAAAAGAAGAAUUGGUGUCCCUACAUAUGAAGGAUCAGGAUCUCAUUUUUAUAGAGGUCAACGAUAUAGGUUUUUAGUAAUACCGCGAUAUGGAGUAGAUAUCGGAAAAUUAUUCCUAUCACAUAGAAAAAAAUUACCAACAAAGCUUGUUAAUACAUUAGCUGUACAAAUGUUGGAUGCAUUGGAGUAUAUUCAUAGUAAAGGAUAUGCUCAUGCGGAUAUUAAGGGACCAAAUAUCUUAUUAUCAUAUGGAGUUGGGAUAGGAAAGGAAAAAUCAAUGGCGUACUUAGUAGACUAUGGACUCGCAUAUCGUUUCCGCACAGGAACCGGUGAGCAUAAACCAUUUGUACAUGACGAAAGAAGAGCUCACGAGGGCACUUUAGAAUUCACAUCGCGGGACGCUCAUCAUGGAACACAUUCAAGAAGAGGAGACUUAGAGACUUUAGGAUAUAAUAUUAUACAGUGGUUAUGUGGACAGCUACCUUGGGAAGAAGAUAAUAAUGAAAUAGGUUUCAUCAUGGAUCCCGAAGAAGUUCAUCAACAAAAAGAAAGUCUUUUAUCAGACUUGCCUCUAUUUAUGGAAAAGUGCUUCCCUCACAAGAAAAAACCACCAUCUGCAAUCAUGAAGUAUAUGAAGUAUAUUACCGAGCUAGAAUUUGAGACUAAGCCUAACUAUUCCUAUUUACGGAAUUUAUUUCUACACAGUAGCCAAGAUGGUAAUAUUCCUACAUGUCUUUAUAACAUGAAAGAGUCUGAUGAAAAUCUUACAAGCUCGAUAUUUUUUGAACGUCCAUAUUUGAGAGAAAGAAAACCCUGUAGGCCUGUAAACGGCGAGAUACGGAUAACACGAAAUACGCAGCCUAAGCAACCAGUUCAGAAAAAAGAGUUUAGUUGGGAAGCAGUAUUAGCACUGCAUCCAGAUAAACUUGCAAAAAUCAGUACUCAACUGCCACCUUCGCCUCUUACGCCACCUCUCACACCACCAUCGUCCACAUCUCCGCGGUCACCAUCUCUGCCAACAUACGCAAUGUUAGAAGUACUUCGUAAAAUGAAGGAGAGGCAAUCAGGUUCAUUUAGGCAUAAAGCAACACCAAAGUCAUCAGAUAAUGAACUUAAACCAAAAUGGAUGACACCUGCAAUGGAAGAAGUUGCGCGAUUAAGAAAAAAUAUCACCGAGGCUGUUCCUGUAUCCAACUUCAAAAAUAGUUCGCGUGUGACACGUUCACGUAUGGCAAAGAGAAAACGAUUUGGAGAUCAAGAACAACAUAAGGAGAUAAAGGACGAUUCGACCAAUAGCAAGCUUAUGCAUAAAAGAAGGAAAGGUUCAUCUUAAAGGAAACUGGAUUCUAUUAGUAUUAUAAAGACCUUUGAUAAUGAUACCAUUGGCACUUUAAUACGAAAUUAAGUAUUAUUUGACAAAAUCUCAUUAACGAUGGUAUAGGUACACAUCGCGCCAAUUUGUUUAAGACUGCUUUAUCAUUGUAUAAUUUGCUUUUCGAUAAUAUUACCCGAUACACAUAGGAUUUCUAAAUAGUUGUAUAGCGAACAAAAUAACGAUAAUGUUAAUGAAUAAGUGACUUCCUCCUAAUUGCAGAGAUUCAAUAGAAUUAAUAUGUUCAUCAUACAAACAUUGUGCGGAUGUUGUAAUAUUCUAAAGGACGCAAGGUUUGAUUCAAGGUACAAACCUUGUAAUUUAGUUAUUAGGUUGAAUUUAUUUGACGUUAACAUUAUUAGUGUUGUAGGUGUGAUAUUAAAAUCAAUUACAUCAAUAAAUUUUUCAGUUAUAUAUUUAUAACCUGGAUUAGGCUUUUGUGAUAUAUUAUGAUUGAUUUAUAACGAUUAGCUGUAAAAUUGAUUCUAUUUUAAUCAUUCUAACAAUCAAUACAAUAUUCAGAUACAAAAGUUUAUAAAAUUACAAAGAUAAUUAUAUAAAAGAAUUAUAAUAGAUACAUUACAAAAUCUUGAUUUAAGAAUGUUCUUGUGCAAUAUAAGACAUAGAAGAAAUAGCAAAGAAAAAAAGUAACAAAUCUGUCUUUUGUAAAAUCUUGUUUCUUGUUUUCUAUAAGUACCGCGUGUCUUUCCUUUUUUAACUGUUCCAAGAUUAUUGUAAAAUUUUAAGGAAUUAUGUACAAAUAUGUGACUAUCAACGUUUCAUAUGAGAUUGAGCGGUAGAAAAAAAUAACACAGAUUCUUUCCGCAUUACGCACUCUCCUUUAUUAAGAUUAUGUAAAUACAUUUUUUCAUUAAUUUAUUUUCCUAAUUUGUAUAACAUUCAAAGAUACAUUAAUUCUGAUAAUAUAAUUUAUAUAAACUAUAUAUACAGUAUACACAUCGUAAAUAGAAAUCUUAAUGUAUUUUACAUUAAAUUUAUAUCAUGACAUUUAAAACUGGUGCUGAUGUUCGAAGAAAGAUAAUAUGUUUCAUUACAGAACAUUAGUAAAAUAUAUGAUAAAAUAAGAUUAGUUAAGUUCUUUUAUACGCUGUAUGAGUGAUAGGUUUAACAGUUCAAUGGCAUAACUUCCGAGUUCAUUAUAUACCGCGAAAAUAUGCGAUUUAGUCAAUUUUAUUUUUUGUCACACUAUGCUGUGACUUUUUAUCCUUAGUCUUAAGUAGGUAUCUUAAUAUAAUUUAGAAAACAUUAUUGAUGUUUAAUCAUAUUGUUAAGCGUUUUCGUUAUCGUGAUUUAUUCGUAGAGUUAUGUUAGAAUUUUUUAAUAAUACAUUUGUGAUAAUUUAUUUGUAUCAUUCUAAGUUAAUAUACAUAUACACAUAUAUGUACCUAUGUGCCAGGAAACUUUGUUACUAUUCAAAACUAACUAAAAACAUCGAUCGCACAUCAUAAUCUGUAUUUAUGUUUUAUUUUUAUUAGCAAAAUUUUUGUCAUUUUAUUUAAAUGCAGAAAUGGUAAGUACUUAGUUUCUUGGAAAGCAUCCAGGAACUAUAUCUAAUUAAAUUUCACGCGGAAAAAAUUUGAAAAAAUAAUGGCAAUCUAUUAUUCAAUAUUUUGUAUGGCCAAAUAUAUUAUUAUAUUACUUUGCAUAAAUUAACAUCAGGCAAUAAAACUUUGUAGUAGUAAUAAUUAAAGUCACAGCGCAAUAAGGGCGCAGUCUCCUAAGUAUUGUUAGAGAAAUGAUUUAUUUCGUAUGACGCGAUAAUUUAACUUCAAACGAGAGAGGUGUAACCACAAUCGAAGAUGUAACUAUUAAUUAGAUAAUGGAAGAAAAUAAAAUAUGUAUGUAAUAAACUGUGUAUUAGACUAUAAUACUCGCAUCGGCAUUUUCUUUCUAGCGAUCUUGUAUAUGUAUAUUGUUUAUUAACAUGCGAAAUAUAAAACAAAUAUAC